AUGCCAGGCUUGCCAGUUGUUUUGGAUCCCGAUCCCCAGGCACCAGACGAAGUUGGCCAAAUCUCCGCCCUCCAGUCCAACUGCAAUCAGGCGGUGGAGCUCUGUGGCACCCAGGGCACCCGCAAUCUCCGCAUUUCCUUCGACGACACAGUCUUCUAUCCCUCGUUUUCCAUUCUUUCCGAGAACGGGAAGCGCUACUACAUCGGUGGCGCCGAGCAGACCAAGAUCCCGGUGAGCAAGGAAGCCUGUGCCAAGCUCCGCAGGAGCGACUUAGCACAGGUUUGCAUUUCCUACGUCGUUGCCCGCUGCGACACGAAUGCCCAAGCCUGGGAUGUCAGGCUGAUUCCGAGAAGGUUGACUUCUGUGACGGCCUUGAAGAACCUCCAGCAGGCAGGGGAGGUGUGGGCAGCGACAACACAAGGCAAUCAGGGAUUGCCGCCUCUUUGCCAAUGUCAUGACAACCAUCGAACCCAGACUAUCUUCAACAGGGUUUUCCUAGGGAUGGAGCCCAAAGAUAAAUUGGCCGGAGUCCCGUUCUUCGAGAGGUGCGAGCCAGCGCCAGCCAGGGGAAAUCUGAAGUU